AUGACGUGUACUCUAUACCUUCCGGACGCGACGCCCAACAUCCUCCUCACACACACCCACACCCACGCCUCAUCCGCGCACCCUCUCUCCUUCUCCACCCAGCGCCAACAAUCCAUCGCGCGCCUCGCAAAGCGCAUCGAAAUCUGGUCGCGCAGAGAAAUGGUCCGGAAGAAAGCGGUCCCCACCCCUGACACGGCCGACACACCACUCAGCCACGCCCUGAGCGGCCUGAGCCUCUCUCCCGAAGAGCGCCCCGCGUCGCCUCACCGCCGCGCCUCAUGCUCUUCCAGCUCCGACGACUCGGACUCCGACGAUGCGAACACCCCGCCAAGCGGCUCGGACAUCACUCCGAGAGAGGCGAAGAUGCUGGCGCACCUGCGCCGGCCGGACCACGCGCUCAUCGCCAUGGGGCACGCGACGCUGCGGAGUCUGAUAAGGGAGGCGCGGGCGAAAAUAGCCGAUGUCGAGACGCUGCUGGACGCGGCGGCGGGGCCUGAUGGGCAGGAGGCUGCACGGCCGCCGGCGCUGGAAGGAAACAAGGCGGGUGUGAAGACGGAUGUGGACGUGGAUGUGGAGAACAAGCUACAGGAGCUGCUGGAUCUGCUGCACGAGUUUGACGAGAAGCUCGGCACUUGGACGGACGUUGUUACCGGCCGAGACGGCUUCGGCGAGUCCCUGGGGACCACGGGGCAGGAGAUGGAGCGGAUGAACGAGAGGGGCGUCAAUCCCGGCGCUGCCGCGAUGUCGGCUGCGGCCAGAGAACCGAGAGUCGAGCUGCUGAACCUGAGACGAGCGAGGGGGGAACUGACAAUCGGCACGGAAGAGCUGCUGGAAAGGAGGAAGGAAAGACGGAACGUGGGAGAGAAGGUCGAGGGGUGGUUGGCAGAGCUUGGGAGCUAA